CAAUACCUGUCUGUGUUUCAGUACAACGGCAUGUGCUUGCAAGGCCCCAGUGGCGUUCCUGGACGGGAUGGAAACCCAGGAGCCAACGGGAUCCCCGGGACACCUGGGAUCCCGGGACGGGACGGGCUGAAGGGGGAGAAGGGCGAGUGCAUGCGCGAGAGCAUCGAGGAGUCCUGGACGCCCAACUUCAAGCAGUGUUCGUGGAGUGCGCUUAAUUACGGCAUCGAUCUCGGGAAGAUAGCGGAAUGUACAUUUACGAAGAUGCGCUCGAACAGUGCUCUCCGCGUCCUCUUCAGUGGAUCGCUUCGGCUGAAAUGCAAAAAUGCCUGCUGUCAGCGCUGGUACUUUACUUUUAAUGGAGCAGAAUGUACUGGGCCACUUCCUAUUGAAGCCAUAAUAUAUUUAGAUCAAGGAAGCCCAGAGCUGAAUUCUACUAUUAAUAUACACCGAACUUCUUCAGUGGAAGGUCUGUGUGAGGGGAUCAAUGCCGGCUUGGUGGAUAUUGCCAUCUGGGUCGGGACCUGCUCAGAUUAUCCACGGGGAGAUGCUUCUACUGGAUGGAACUCGGUCUCCCGAAUCAUCAUUGAAGAACUGCCAAAAUAAGUUUCUCUUCUUUUUUAUACUCCCUCCCCCCCUUUUUUUUUAAUUUUGUACAAUUUUCUUCAGAAUUUAUUUCUGUAGAGUUGAAUGCAAGUAUUUGACUGAAAGGCACCAAAUUCUUGCAUCUGUAGUCUUUGUCUAGCCUUUUUUUGCACAUUGCAGAGGCUUUUUAUAAUAAUCAUUUUAGAAUAUAAAUAUCAAACCCAAGUUCAUUAACUUUUUCAAUUCCUCAUUUGAUGUAUGAAAAUAUAUCACCACCAUUUUAAGAAUGAACUGUAACUUUUUGUAUCAAAUAAAUAAGACCUUUU